AGCAGAGGGGUGGUUGUGUGGUAUGGCGGCUGUCUCCCUCUUUGUCCCCACAGCCGGAGCGGACAGGGUGGUGAGACGCAGUAGUGUAAUGUCGGUAUCCGAGACAUGCUGCGCGGCAUGCUCAACAACUGCAGCCACCGUAGUUUGGUUGAGCGACAUGGCCGCAGUCACCAUCUGUAGAACACUGGUCGCAACACGUCUACGCCAGCAACGGCUUGUGCGUCAAACGUGCUGAUCGGCCGGCCCUCAACAUCUACAGCGACCGAGUCCCUGGCAUGCGCGGCACAUACUAUCAUUGCUAUGAUAUUGACUUUGCGUGCCUGAUAUCGCGUCGUAGCAUUAGCAUCAUGACUACAGCCGCUAGCUCACAGUCGGGUGCAGCCCUAGCAGGAACUAUGUCUCGUUUCGCUCGUUGCCAAUCGCAUAACAUCAUCAGCAUCUUGCACGACGCGGUUCGACGUUAGCUUGCGCGAUACGACCGAUGUCAUGGAUCUAAAUCGGAUCAUCCGGACCUCGCUGUUUCAAGCCCGUAGUGCACAGUGGGCGCAAAGCUUAGUAGACGGUUGCGUAGCAAAAGCUUCGUCGGCAGACAGGGUAGAGGGUGAGGGGUCGUUCUGUGGUGUCAGUAAGAAGCUCGGUGUGACGUUGCACCCUCUUGUCUUGCAGAUCGGCAAGAUCUUGUCCAGAUCUGAUCUGCGGGACGACCGAUGUCUUAGUUGGGUUAUAGGUGUGCGAAGGACGGCGCAUUUGACGGAGAAAGCCCGCUUGGGAUGUGUUGGUUGGGAGACGGCUUUAGCAAGUGUAGCAAUCAUAAUCAAACCGAAUGUAUUAUGUUGUGCAUCGCAAAAGCCUUUGGCGCUCAUUGCAGGGUCGAAGGACGUCUACAAGUCAAGCCUACGCUGUGCAACUUGCACAACCGUAACCGCCCGCCUGCUGUGGCGCAGUUUGGUACGACGACCCUGUCGUCUACAGCAUAUGUCAAUAUGUCAGUCGCGUAUGUCUCGCCUAUCCUUCGACAUCAUCCCUCUAUUUCCAAUACCACUGAAGUGCCAGACCACGGUCCUCGAUUUGUCAUGUUCUUGGAGCGGAAGGGCGCUGGUAGCCUGUCAGUCUGCGGCCCAGGACCUCACGGCUGCCCCGGGUGAUAUUGGCGUCGGCUGAUGCGGCAGGCGUGCUAGAAGUCGGUGGUUUCUCGGUUGCUCGGUUCGUGCCGAGCCAGUGACGAGCAGUUCAGACCCCUUCAUUCCGAUAUGAGUCGACAUAUCUACGAAGUGCGGGGCUUAUCGUGCCCUUGAGGUUGCGGUGAAUGGGCUGGGGUUGCAGUCGCAGCGGACGGGCUGCGGCGGUCGCUAUCCUCGCCGAAGCCAAGAUUUCUGAAUGAGUCAGGGGCCAUGAGAUUCCUGUGGGCACGGUUCGAGUCAGUGACGUCCUCUGCGAAAGUCUGUCUUGGGCAGUGCUGAGCUAUGAUCGGAUGCUGCCGACGCAGUGUGACAGCACUAUGUGGAGAUGUGGGUAUUGUUGAGGGGGCAACUAUCCGCAAAGCAUAUCGGGCGCUGAGGGAGAGUCCGGGCUGGCAAUGACUGA